GUCUACUACGUGUUAGGACUGGUGCCUUUAAUUUACAAGCAUCUCGGGGAGUGGAGGAGGAAUAAAAAAAAAGAAGGAUUUUCCCGGCUCUCAUCUGGAGGAAUAAAGCAGCUGCACAGCCGUCGCAAGUUCGUCAACUUUAAACUCUAACCAGCAUCUUCCCUAGUAGAGAAAACAUCCAGUAAAAACAGGUUUCCUCUGUAUUUUCCGACUUGGAUUAAGUUCUGCAUGGAAACAAAUGAUAUUUGAGAGGAGCGGAGAGAGGAGGUGGGUGUCGGAUACAAGCCCGUGUGUUUCUCUUCUUGUUCUUUUAUGCAUGGGUCUCGGAUACAAACCUGUUUGAUUACAAAAGUGAGAGAAAAAAUAGUCCCAAUUGUUGCUGCCGCUGCGUGAUCUAAAUCUCUAGAUUUCAGAGAGGCUUUAAAGGUGUAAUCCGGGGAAGAAGAAAAAAGAUAUUGAAGUAACAAAGACAGGAAACAGAAAAAAAAGAAAAGACACAAGUGAUAUUACAAUUAUGGCGUUAAAGGCCAGAGUGUUGUACGACUUCAACUCCGAAAACCCAGGGGAGAUCUCCAUAGCAGAGAAUGAGCUUGUGACUCUGUUCAACGAGGAGGAGCUGGAGGGCUGGCUGGAGGGGGAGAACAGUAGGGGGGAGGCUGGCCUCUUCCCUGCCUCCUAUGUGGAGAUCAUCAAGGACCACAUCACCUCCAACACCAACAACAACGGCAUCUCCUCGCCCAAAACCAAAGCUGUGACGCCCAACCACACCUCCUACACGUCCCCGGAGUCCCAGAAAGGACUCGGGGCUGGCAGUGGUGGCAGUGGCGGAGGCAGCUUCCACACCAGCCAGGGCAGUGACGACGACUGGGAUGACGACUGGGAUGACGGCUCUCCUGCGGUCGAUGCCCCUCAGGGUCUCGGCACCUCGCCCCCCUUGUACCCGGUGACCACAUCCUUGCCCGGGCGCCGCGAGAGCUCCCAGCAGCAGCAGGCCAAGAGCUCAGCAACAGUGGGGAGGAACCUCAACAGGUUCUCCACCUUUGUCAAGUCCGGAGGGGAGGCCUUCCUGCUCGGGGAGGCCUCUGCAUUCGUGAAGGAUGGGGACAGGAUCUGCGUGGUGAUGGGGAUGCACGGACCAGAGUGGCAGGAGGACCCGUAUCCGUUCACAUGCACCAUUGAUGACCCCACCAAGCAGACCAAGUUCAAAGGCAUGAAGAGCUACAUGUCCUACGGCCUGACCCCGACGCACACUAAUGUACAAGUCAACCGCAGGUAUAAGCACUUUGACUGGCUGUACGCUCGGCUCGUGGAGCGCUUCCCGGUCAUCUCAGUGCCCCACCUGCCAGAGAAGCAGGCCACCGGCCGCUUCGAGGAAGACUUCAUCUCCAAGCGGAGGAAGGGACUGAUCUGGUGGAUGAACCACAUGAUCAGUCACCCCGUGCUGGCACGCUGCGACGUCUUCCAGCAUUUCCUAACGUGCGGUGCGGACGAGAAGGCCUGGAAACUGGGCAAGAGGAAGGCAGAGAGGGACGAGCUGGUCGGGCCUAAUUUCUUCCUCACAAUCAGUACGCCUACUGUCCCGCUGGACCUCCAGGAAGUCGAGAGCAAAAUUGAAGGCUUCAAGACCUUCACCAAGAGGAUGGACGAGAACAUCGUGGUCGUGAACGCAACCAUCAGCGAGUUUGCUCGCAAGCAGAUGGCAGGGUUCAAGAAGGAGUACCAGAAAGUCGGACAGUCCUUCAUGCUCCUGGGGCAGGCGUUCGAGCUAGACCAGCAGGCCUACUCCGAAGGCCUGAACAGAGCCAUCGCCUACACCGGCGAGGCCUACGAGGUGGUGGGAGAGUAUUUUGCUGAGCAACCGCGCCACGACCUGGCUCCUAUUUCUGACCUGCUGGACCUCUACAGAGGACACCUGGCCAAUUUCCCCGACAUCAUCCAUGUGCAGAAAGGUGCACUGACCAAGGUGAGAGACUGUCCAAAGCAGGAAGGUGAGCUCCACGAUCGCUGCAACAUCAUUUCCUGCGCCACACUGGCAGAGAUACAGCACUUCCAUCGCACGCGCGUACGGGACUUCCGCUCGCAGAUGCAGCACCACCUUCGUCAGCAGAUCGGCUUCUUCCAGAAGAUCACCGCCAAGCUGGAGGACGCGCUUCAGAGAUAUGACGACGACCAGUAGGAAGAGAGGGAGAGAACAGAGAAGUUGGACUACAAAGGCCUUGAGGAAAUGGUGGGGGCGGAGGCUUGAAGAGUGGAGCAGACGAGAAUGAUUGAUGGGUUCUUCCUCCACUAUUAGGGAACAUCUUAAAAUCCUUUAAGAGAGAAAAUGUUUUGAUGUGGUGAAUCUUUGGCCUGGUACGAGCAUUGGAAGAAAUAUACCACUUUUUAUAAAAGAAGAUUUAGGCCUCUGGACUGUGGAAUGACAACUUCUAGGAUUAUCUGGACGGCUCUGAUGAUUGUACCAGUAACAGGGAUUUUGCUGACGCUCCAGGCACAUCUUGCAACUCAGCGGGACUGCGAUAUUAAAAACAGCUGCUCUCAAUGUGACGGGGCAGCCUCCCCAUUCCCGGUUGCAGGGUCACGUGAUCCAUGCCUCCACUGCUUAAUGGAGACUCUGUUCAGGAACACGGUUACUCAACAGAAACUCCCCAAAUCACUUAAACUGUUGUUUUAAUAAUUGAAAGACAGGACUUCAUGACUUUAAUGCUUUUUGUUAUCUCUAAAUGUGUCUGUUUUUACUUGAAUGACCUGUUCAGUAUUGUUUUGAUGGGACACGACAGUAUGGAAGUGAUUGUUUGUGAAUAUGGAAAAGGGUGUAAUGAGUUUUAGUAUUUGGAUUUCAUUGACCUACUUCUGAUGUCGAGCAUCUCUCACAUCUCGGAUGCUGUCACAUCUUUACUAUAUUAUAAUUUGAAGCCCUGUGUAAUGUUCUGCGUUUAUUGCCUUGCCAGACCUAAAAACAAUAGUUCAUCUCAAACUGAUUAAUUGUUUUUAAAAAGCAGCUCCACAGUUCUAUUUCUUUGGGUUGCUGCAGGCCCUGGGUUAUUAAAACUCAAAGUCCACAUCUGUCUUUCUGCUUUCCCUGAAUCAGGGUAGCUCCUGGCAAUAAAGCUUUGAAUCCAGUUCAAAGCCACCAUGUGUAGGUUUUUAUGUGAUUAUAUUAAUAUUUCAGAUUCUUCUGAAGGGAUGCUUGUUGCUUUUUAAAACGUUAUACAGAAGCCCUGAGAGGCAAGAAACAAAAAAAAUAUUCUUGUGAUCCAUUUUCUAAUGUGAUAUAAAUAGUUUUCUCUCCGGUGUUUAUGACAUAAGAACAGGUGAAAAAUUACUUUUCUUAUCCUUUUUUUGUGUUUCUGUUCGUUGUUGUAAUUCAAAUGUUUCCCACAAGAGGCUAAAUUGCAACAUUACCCCAAGUUCUAAAUAGGACUAAAAUCAUUCAUGUUUUCUGCUAAGCAAGUUUUAAUUUACAUAACUUGCUAACACAAUAUAUGUACCCUGUGUUUAGAGUGCAUGGAGAAAUGAAUCACCACAAUUUAUGUUCUCAUUUGCCUCUCAGAGCUUCCGUAGCUAUAAGACAAUCUUGAUCUUUUUUGAUACUACCACUUAAGGGGGCCAAAGUUGGACAUUUACACAUUCUACAUAGUGGCUUUUGUGAUGGUUGCUCUUCUCUGUAUGCUAACCUGCUACUCUAAAACAUUCUUGUUAAACCAAUAAGUAACCAAAAUCUGCUCACAGAAAUGUUACAGUAUCUAGUGCUGUUAAUGUUACGCUGGCAUAGAGUGUUUCUGGUUGUAACGUCAUAUAUGACUUUACAUUCCUCUCCUGGGUUUUUACUUCAUAAGGUAUAUAUAUAAGGGUAAAUCGCCAGCCAGGUUUUUAACAGUGUUCUUCACAAACACAUAAUUCACUACUAUGAAACAGUUUUUAAACACUUUUAAUGUAACACAUUGGAAGAGCAUUGUUUAGUAGAAUUCAUUUCAAAUCAUAUAUCUGUAUUGUUGACUGUUUUCCCUGAAUAUAAAUUAUAGUUUCACUUGA